AUGGACGGAAUCUACAAAUUCCUUUACCCAUUGGCGCCACAAGAGCGCACCAGAACCAAGCCCAUGAAGGUUCUUGCGCUCGGCCUGCCCCGAACUGCCACCGACUCUCUCCGCGCUGCCCUCAACAUCCUCGGCUUCUCCUACGUCUACCAUGGCUUCGACCACAUUGCCGACGCCGAAGAUUGUGUCAACUGGGUACAGCUGUGGAAGAUGAAGCAGGCCGGCAAGCACAUCACCCGCGCCGACUUUGACCGUGUCAUUGGUCACUGUGAAGCCGUCACAGACAUGCCAGCGUGCAUCUUUGCCAAGGAGCUCAUCGAAGCAUACCCCGAGGCCCAGAUCCUGCUCAACUACCGCGACGUGGAUGCGUGGCACAAGAGCGUCGUGACGACUUGGAGCACAGCCGAAAAACAAGCGGGUGUGAUGCACCCGAUCCUGUGCUGGUUCAAUGCCAAGAUGUUCUGGGUCAACCUCAACGAGAUGCGCCUGACUUAUGCCGGGCUUUGGAGAGGCAACUACCGAACAAGAGCCAAGGACUCAUUCAGAGACCACUAUGCUAUGCUGGACGAGCUCACAAAAGAUAUGCCCGCGGAUAAAGUAAUGAAGUGGAAGGCCCAGGAUGGAUGGGAGCCGCUGUGUGCGUUUUUGGGCAAGGAUGUACCAGAUGAGCCGUUUCCCAAUCGAAAUGCCCUCGAGGCCGUGGUCAGGCGUGUGCUGGAUAGUCUGAUGCAGCAUGCCAACGAGGCCUAUCGCAACAUGACCCUGGCGAUGUUGGUGUCGACAGCGGUUGUGGGAGCAGGCGUUGGUGCAGUGUACUGGCGAAAGUUACAGUUGACAAACUAG